ACACAGGCUCCGGGGCAGGGAUGGAAGAGUUCCGUGGCUCAGACAGCCUCCCCCAUGAAGCUUUGCUGUGGCUUGUUAGAGCUCCUCCCCGGAAGUGUUUCCACCUGCACUUCCAGAAGCACCUUCUACUGCGCAGACCCCAGUGCCAGCCCGCGUGGGCUGCCAUUGCUGUCGGCUGCCACGGACGAGUCAGGAUGGGCUGGGCCGCGAUGCAGUAACAAGCAGACCUCCAAAAUCCCACAGCUGGAUGCUCUCGCAACAAGUUUCUCUCUGCUGCAAAGCAGGGCAUCGAUCGGCAGGGUGCUCCUCCGUGGGGUCACUCGGGAACCCAGGUGCUCCCAUCCUGUGACGCUGCCACCACGGACGUGGCCUGCAGGUUCCCAGGGGGAGGAGGAUCGUGUGGAGGGGCACACGGCCUUUGAGUAGCUCGGCACGGAGACGUGCAUAUUACCUCUGCCCGAGGCUCCUUGGCCAUGACGGGCCACGUGUCCCAGCCUCACUGCAAGGGCCGCUGGGAAUGCAGGGCAGCACAGGGGACGCUUAGCAGAUCUGCCAUCCUCCUGCACGGCGAUGCUGGGCAGCUGGGUGUUUCUAAAUCUGUCAGUUUUGAAGAAUGUUCAGUACGAUCCCAUCUCUGGGAAGAAAAUCCUAUUUAAACGUAAAUCAUACAGAACAAACAUACAUACAUACACAUAGAGACUGCGUGUUAUCUAUUGCCAUGGAUCAACUUACCCCAAAUCUUAGCAGUUUGAAACAACAAACCUUUCUUGCCUGACAGUCUUGGUGGCUCGGGGAUCUGGAAGAAGCCAGCUGCGUGGCUCUGGCUCAGGGCCUACCAUGAUGCCACCAAGACGUCAGCCAGGGAGCAACGUCUGCAGGGCUGCUUGAGUGUCCUCACAACAUGGCGGCUGGCUUCCCCCAGAGCGAGGGAUCCACGCACUGCACAGGCCACGAGUGACAGCUUUAGACUGGACGGGGCUGCGUGUGACACUUGAAAGUGAGCAAAAGUCGGUGGAAUCUUCUCUAGAAGUUGUAAGGGACAGGGAGGGGAGUGUGACGGAGCACGGCUGAGGCCACCAUUGGCCAAAAUGAAACAGUUCGUGUCCAUCCAGGGUGGGGGCCCUCGGUGCUGUCCGGAGCACACAGGUGCGCCAGGCUUUCUGCUUUCUCUGCAGCACACAUGACUUGUAUAAUUUUAAGAAAAAUAAUGACAAUUAGUACAUGUAUAUUUGUUUGUGUUUAAAGGAGUUUAUUUUUAGCCUGGUAAAUACAGAGGAUGGAGAAAGAAGAAAGAGAUACGAAGGGAAGCACUGAGACACGCCCGGAGCAGAGAGAUGAUCACACACGGGGACGCGCGUCCACGGCAGUCACAUGGACACGGCAGACAGACCCCACCUGCGCUUCUCCCAGCAGCGGGACAGAGCUCUGGACCCAGCACCUCUGGCCGAAGCCUCUGUCCCCUGCUGUCGGCAACUGGCCUGGCACAGACGACACAGAUGACACUGUGACACUGCCAGGCUGCCACGCUGCCGCGCCUUCCUCUCCCAAAGCUCUGAUCUCGCCGCAGGCUGGGUCCUUCUCUUCGACUCCUCCUUCCCUCUGUCCCCUGCUUGGCGUGUGGGGCCCGCCCGAGCUCUGCCAGCAGCCCCCAGCCUCCAGCGCGGCUCGGAAGGGCUGGCCUGGCACAGCCCUGCCACCGCCGCCUGCCCGCCUCGGUCCUAUGAACACCUUCCCUCUGCAGGGCCCCCCCAGCCCCUGCGACCUGACCCACGCUGUGCCCCGCCCUGUUUCCAGGGCCUUUUACACCCAGGGACUCAGGGAAGGCCCAGCUGCGGAGCUCCAGGGAGACACAGAGCAGGCCCAGAGCUGGUCACAGCUCCUGAAAGCCGUGACAGCCUUUGCUUCAGUGAGGACGUGACACCUGGAGCGGCCUUGCCUGCCAUCACCACCUGCCACCCAAGUCCCCAGCGCUGGGCUUGCAGGUGGCCCCAGCAGAGCACAGUCGAGGCGAGGAGGAGCCGUCUGUCAGGCCUGACACCGGACAGUGGCUCAGAGCACUGGCCCCAGGGGUGCCCACCCCUCCUCCUUCCACCCCACUCCAGCCCCCCGCGUGGGGAGGCCAGAGCUGCUGCUGACGCCCAGGACACGGUCCCUGCCCUUUGGCCACACCGUGGGCUCCACAGCAGCCCGGCCGCAUGGUGCACCCUCCACGCGGCGGCCACCUCCGCACCACCCCUAGAGCCUGUCAGCGGGAAGGGGCCCCAGCUCCCGCAGGGCCUCGUAGAAGCCGGUCUUUGUAUGGUAACAGUUAGCAGUAAACCAAGACUGUAGAGAACCCGGU